UCGCACAGUGUAUCCCAUCCAAUCAACAAUAUUUUGGUCGCAUUCUCAAAAAGUCUCGUUAUAUUUCAAACUAAAAUAGUUUCUGUGCGCUUACUCAUUACUCAUACGUCUCUACAGCCAAUAUGCACGCUAAUAAGUGUCCGGACAUGCAUGAGCGGGCCAAGCGUGUUCACGAGCCUGGCAGGAUCUGUCGCGAGCUACUUUACUUGCGCUCCAAGCGGGCCGUACGUGAGGUGCCCGCCUUUACCUACCAGGCUCUGCAGAAGGGCACAGUAGUCAAGCCCCCCAAAAAAAUUGAUAUAUUCAAACGUCAGCCCGUGAAGGAGACCGUCUUUAAGAUCUACUUCAUGCGCGGCGACAUCCCUGUGGCUCUGACAGGACGCAGCAACAAGCAGGAUCCCACCAAGGAUCGCCCUUUGCGCUGGCACUGCACGCCCGAAGAGCUCGAUUAUUGCUACUAUUUACCCAUCUUUCUGGAUGGAUUGGCUGACAUAGACAGCGAUACACGCUUGCUGGCGGUCAAUGCAGCCGUCGAUCUGAUCAUGAGGCAGCCGCACAAGGUGCUCCCAGUGCUGCCCAAGCUAAUACUUCCGCUCAAGCGCGCCUUUCAGACCCGCGACAAGGGUAUCAUCAUAUCAGCUCUCAAAGUGCUACAGCUGAUGGUGCGACUGGGGCCUUGCGUUGGGCAAGCUCUAGUUCCCUUCUACCGUCAACUAUUGGCCGUAUGCAAUCUAUACAAGAAUAUCAAUGUUAAUUUGGGCGAAGGCGUCGACCCUGAUCGCAGUAAGCGCAUUGGCGAUGUCAUCGAAGACACUCUAAAGCUGCUUGAGUACUGUGGCGGACCGAAUGCAUUCAUAAACAUCAAGUACAUGGUGCCCACCUAUGAGAGCAGCGUCUUCCCACGCUGUCUGUCGACUGAUGGCGCAGAUGGCUCAAAGCAUUGAUUACUUCACAGUUCAAUAAAACUUUUUAUUUGCUUAUUUUGGGUUCAUUAUG